AUGUCGACCAUCCCUGUGCAGUUGUCUCCUACCCCGGGUUUUUGUAUCAAGUCAUCUUCUGCUCUAGCACCGAUCGUGGUUCCGGAAGGCUUCAAGAUCUUUCUCAACAUCGCCUGGGACAAAAACGUCCCGCCGCCACCAGAUGCCAUACAGAGGGAGGAUCUUGACGCAUUCGACCCAGAUGGCUGGGUUGUCCCUGUCAUUGUGUCUGCUGGUCGUGAAGAUACUGACAAAGCCGGCAAAAAAGCGCUGGUCUUCGAUUGCGUCUUCAACCCGUCGCUGAAAAGCAGAGCACUUAAGGACAUCGAGUUCAAGACCUUUCUGAUAGAACUUGCUCUUCAGCGCGUCGAGGCUCAGAGUUCUCUCCGACUCUCUCGCACUCUCGGAACUCCCAACAUCGCAUCCAAGGGAGAACUCAGGCCCCGAACCGUUGAUAUCCCCCUCGCUUUAGGAGCAUUAAAGAAUGAUAACGCGGAUACCGCUUUGUCAGUAAAACGUGUUGAAACAGAAGCGACGAACAGGGAUGCGAACGCCUCGAUGGAGACGCCUAUGUGGUCCUGGAGGAGAGACAGCGAGUCGGACCGACUCGUAAUCACCGUCGAGGUGCCGAAAAUAACUCGCGCUCACAUUCCUACUGCCGCCCUUGACCUCGAACCUAAUGCUAUAUUCCUUCAGCUGCCACCGUUCUACGAUCUCUCCAUCGACCUCAGUCUCCCCGACGCCGCGCUCAGAGCAUCGGCAGGAAAACAUGCCGAAAAGGCGUUGACGCUGAAACGGAACCGAGAUCUCGAUGUUGAUGGCGCGAGGGCAGAAUGGAGGGUCAACGAGGGCAAAUUAAUCGUUCGCGCUUGA